CAGCUCUCACAAGAAACUAAAACUCCUACAAAUACCAUGCGAAGACUGUCCCCAAAGCAGGACGCGUCAACGUCACACCUCCAAGCGCGCCAAAUCUGCCCACAACAAAAUAGUUCCCAGCUGUUCAUAUUUAAGGAUUUCCUUCUUCCGCGUCAGGUGAUUCAAGCAGGAUGGUGCGCACGCGAGCCGAGGCCACGGUUACCAAGGUGUCUGCAGCAAAGGCCCCACGUAAGGUUUUCAGCGCCUCCAGUGCGGGGUCUUCCUCCUCCUCCUCCUCCUCUGCCACGCCCUCCAAGUCUUCCAAGUACAGCAGUGGAAACUCGUACAACCCACAGCCCGUCCCGGAGUGGCAGAAAGGCAUUGGGUCCUUCUUCAAGCCCUCUGAGGCCCCGAGGACACAGGCAGGGCAGGGAAGCUUGGAGUGUGAUGGGCGGGGCAGUGGUACCAGCUCCUCUACCUCUCCCUCUCCUUCUCCUUCCUCGCCUCUGAAAAAUGGUGGUGUUUCUGAUGGUGACGAUUGAUUGAUUUAUUUUUUUCUGGUGUGAUUUUUUAAUGUUAUUUUUUUUUAUUUUUUGUUUGUUUAUUUAUCUUGUUUUUUUUUUAUUAUUAUUUAUUUAUUAUUUUUUUUCUUUAGUGUGUGCCUGAGUGUGUGUGUGUGUGUGUGUGUGUGUGUGUGUGUGUGUGUGUGGAAGAAAACAGAGAAAGGAAUGUUUUUGUGUGUAUGUGUGCUUUUUUUUUUGUUGUGUGUGUGUUUGUUUGUUUGUUUUGUUUGUUUAUUUGUUUGUUUUGUGUGGAGGAAAAGAAAGAAGGGAAUGUUUUGCUCUGUGUGUGUGUGUGUGUGUGUGUGUGUGUGUGUGUGUGUGUGUUCCUGCACUUGUUAUUGAUGAAGUAGCCACAAAGACAGUAUGUAAAGGUUUAAGUACAGUCAGUAUUUUCAUUCAUCAGUAUUACCAUUGGUUUUAUUUCUCUAUUUUUCUUUUUCUUUAUUUAUUUUUUUCAUUUUUUUUUUUAUGAAGUUUUGGAUUUAGUAAAAAAAGUGCUUGAAAUUUAGUUUUUUUUCCAUAUUUUAUUUAUUUAUUUUUUCUGUGUUUACUGCAAGGACAUAGUUCACAUUUUAUUUUUUUCUUUCUUUCUUUCUUUAUUUUUAUUUUUUUUAUUUUAUUAUUUUUUAUAUUUAUUUACUUUCUCAGACUGUUCACCAGAAAGAUAUAGUUUACAUUAUUUUAAAGUUUUCAUUUAUUUCUUUAUCAACUUUAUUAUUCUUUAUGGUGAAGAGAAAGAAUUUAUGUAAGAUGACAACAAAUGUAUGAUGAAUUACAUUUGUUGUACUUCUUUUAUAAAUAACAUCAAUCUGACAUAUUUACAAAUUAGGGUAUUACAAACUACUAUGCAUUUUUAUACUUUUAUAUCAAUUACAUUUUUAUACUAUUAUAUUGUAUCAUCCUCACCUGUUAUCUUUUUUUUUUUUACCUUUCUACAUUAAUAUUUACCUGUAUUGGCUUAAUUUUAUCUACUACUCAUUUUCUGCUUUCAUAUCAAACAAUUCCUUACUUUGCAUUUUCAUUCUAGUAUUCUGUAUCAUUGUCACCUAAGUUUUUUUUCUUUUCUUUUUUUUUUUGUCCAUUAAUAUUUACCUGUAUUGGUUAAUCAUAUCUCCUUCUCAUUUUCUACUUUUAUAUCAUAAGUCCAAAUAUUAUAUUACAUUUUCAUUCUAUUAUACUGUAUCAUUGUCACCUAAGUCUUUUUUUUUACCUUUCUACAUUAAUAUUUACCUAUAUUAGUUAAUUGUAUCUACUUCUCAUUUUGUACUUUUAUAUCAGAUAAUUCCAACCAUUAUAUGACAUUUUUACUCUAUUAAACUGUAUCAUUGUCACCUAAGUCUUUUUUUUACUUUUCUAUAUUAAUAUUAAUGUAUUGGUUAAUUUUAUCUACUUCUCAUUUUGUACUUUUAUAUAAGAUAAUACCGUACAUUAUAUUACAUUUUUUAUUCUAUUAUACUGUAUCAUUGUCA